AUGGACGAGCCCUGUCUCAUCAACAACCUAGCUGAUGAGCUGCUGAGUCUGGUAUUGCUUUUCUUGCUUGCCGAAACGGAAGAGGCUCCUGGUGGGCAUCGUAAUCGGCAUGGGUACGUUAUACCGAUCAUCAGACGACGCACCGACGAUGUGGGUUUUCCAAAGGGCGAGAAAUCGGAUUUGGACAGGUAUAGGCUGGUGUGCACGCGAUUUUUGCGAAUUGCAACACCAUGGAAGUUCCGCCACUUUACUUUGAGGUUUUCAAGAGACGGGUUUAAUCGGGUAAACGAGCUGGUUGAUAUGCGACUAGCUGGUCACAUACGUUAUUUUACUUAUAUGGUCAGGCCGUCUUACCAAGGACCCGACUGGGAGAAUUUUCUUAACGGAUUGGAUGACCCUUCGCUCUCCAAAAUCCACCGCGCCCGGCUAGCUGACCAAAAGCUUCUGACCGAGACUUCGAAUGAUUUGGUUGCGUUAAAGAAGGCAAUGGCGGCUUUUUCGUCACUGCAGCAGAUCAAACUGCUUCGGCUGCAGGACCAAGCUGACGAAGAUAUUAUGAAUCGGGCAAGACGAAAUAACGCUAACCAUGGUCUUUAUCUCGACUGGGAACCGGCUUGUUCACGUGCAGUCCAGAACUUGGGGGUCGCCCUGUUGGGCUCUGCGUGUCACUCUGUCCGAUUCCUCGGGCCCCAGCUUAGCCCCAAGGCCUCUAUGAGGCUAUUGCAUACACCUGAUCGCGCGGUGUCCAAUCUCGGAGAACGGCUUACGUGUCUAGAUGUUAGUUUUCAAUCAGCUCAGGAUAUGACUUCGGCGAUGGCAGGGCUAUCCGGGGUCUUUGGCAAAUUCUUCUUAGCUGCAAGAAAUCUGAUUACGAUAAGUGUUGGCUUUCCAGCCAACAAUCCUGUGUCGUUACCUCUGGAGAAUAUUUUCAAUCAUCUUUAUUGGCCACGGUUGCGUUGCCUGGGAAUACAAGGCUGGAAACUUGAUUCUGCAGAAAUAAUAGCCCUGGUGCGGCGACACCGGACUCGGCUGAGAGAACUGCGCAUACCGCACGUAUACCUCACGGGCGAAGGAAACCGGUGGCGGGACAUCCUUUCGGUUCUCCGUGACGAGAUGGAACAGCUCGAGAGUGUGGACUUGCAACACAUUGACUACGCAUUUCAUUUCGACUCGGAAGUCGUCAACGGCAUCGAGAUUCCGCCGGGACACACGACGGACGAAGAGGAUGAGGUCGUCCUGUACGACAAUAAUGGGAGAACUGAAGAAGAUACCGACUCUUGGUCUGUGGUAUCGUCUGCGCACCACUCCUCACACUCCUCGCAGAGUGAAACCUCCAUGUCGGAGACGCACCGCCAGCCGAUGCAGGCACUGUCCCCGGAAGAGCUCGGCUUGCUAAGUGUUGAUGAUCUGGGCGAUAAUGGAAUAAGAGAGAGAAUGGAAACAACUUCCGAGCCCGCACCCGACUCCCAAAUCAAUCAUGCAUCAGCCAUCGCCUACUGGACCAGCGUCUCGGCCACCGUAAACGGCAUGCUCGGCGGAUAUCCGCAGGUGUCGUACAUUGAUCUACGCGGAUCUUCGUUGUUUCUAUCGAAACUGCGACGUUUGCGAUUAGUGGGUGAUGAUGAUGACGGUAGUGGCAAACAGGACAACCAAACACAGACACAGACACAGACACAAACACAAGAGAAAAAAAAGCUGAAGAGAGGGGUUGAUUGCGGCGCUGGGAUUGGGAGGGUGACAGAAGGAUUUCUGAGUAAAGUGUGCGAGGUGGUUGAUAUUGUUGAGCCUGUGGGAAAAUUCGCAGACGUGGUUCGCAACGGGCCCCUGGGUAAAAGUGGUGUUAUUGGUGAUGUUUACGUGUCUGGGUUGGAGGAUUGGGAGCCCGCGCUUGCUGGCAAGAAGUACGAUCUGGUCUGGAAUCAGUGGUGUGUUGGACAUCUUACGGAUACGCAGCUGAUAGAAUACUUGAAACGGGUUGCUGCGUCUCUGACGGAUUCAGGGCUCAUUGUUUUAAAGGAGAACGUGUCCACUGAUAUUAACGGGAAAGACCAUUACGACACCACUGACAGCGCUGUCACCCGAGCAGAGACCAAGUUUAAGCAGAUUUUCAAACAGGCUGGGUUGAAAUUGGUCAAGUCGGAGGAGCAGUUGGGCUUUCCCAAGCAACUCGGCUUGCUGCCCGUCAAGUUUUUCGCCUUGCGCCCAGAGGAAAACAACAGACCAAAGAAAAAUGAGAAGGAAUCAAUACACAAGGAAUCACAAAGACAAGAGUUGAAACGAAAAAGAGAAGAAACCACCGAAACUACCGCCACCUCCUUAGAAAAAUGA